AUGUCGCCCACCGUCUACCCCCCGGCUGCGGCCCGCAUUGUCGGCUCCGAUGACGAGGGCCUCAUGGCUCUGGAGCUGCCCGAUGGCACCGUCUACCAGGGUUACAGCUUUGGUGCCCAGAAGAGCAUCGCCGGAGAGCUCGUUUUCCAGACCGGAAUGGUGGGGUAUCCGGAGUCGGUAACAGACCCCUCGUACCGUGGCCAGAUCCUGGUUAUCACCUUCCCUCUGGUUGGCAACUAUGGUGUUCCUUCGCGGGAGACCAUUGACGAGCUCCUGGGCGACCUGCCCGCUCACUUCGAGUCGUCCCAGAUUCACAUCGCCGGUCUCGUCGCCCACUCCUACUCGGGCGAGGACUAUUCCCACUUCUUGGCAGAGUCAUCACUUGGCACCUGGCUCAAGGAGCAGGGCGUCCCCGCCAUCUACGGCGUUGACACCAGACAACUCACAAAGUACCUGAGGUCACAGGGCAGCACCCUCGGCCGCUUGUUGUUGCAAAAGAAGAACCUGACCAACGGCACCGCCAACGGUCACGUCAAUGGUGUCGCGUCCUUCUCCAUUGAGGACUUCCAGGCCGUUGACUGGGUAAACCCCAACGAGAAGAACCUCGUAGCUGAGGUAUCAAUCAAGGCUCCCAAGUUGUACAAGCCUCCUUCGAGCGUUGCCGUAAAGAAGCACCCCUCCGGCCGACCUAUCCGCGUCCUGUGCUUGGACGUUGGUAUGAAGUACAACCAGCUGAGGUGCUUCCUCAAGCGCGGUGUCGAAGUCCUGGUCUGCCCCUGGGACCACGACCUGGUCAAGCAGGCCGGCGAAGAGUACGAUGGUCUCUUCCUCUCCAAUGGUCCCGGUGACCCGGCCAUGCUGGAAAAGACCGUCAAGAACAUCCAGGCUGCCAUGGACAAGACCAAGACUCCCGUCUUUGGUAUUUGCCUGGGACACCAGCUGCUCGCCCGUGCCUCCGGUGCCAGCACCGAGAAGAUGAAGUUCGGCAACAGAGGUCACAACAUUCCCUGCACGAGCAUGAUCUCCGGAAAGUGCCACAUCACCUCCCAGAACCACGGUUUCGCUGUCGACUCAAAGUCACUGACGGCCGACUGGAGGGAGCUCUUCGUCAAUGCCAACGACGGCAGCAACGAGGGUAUUGCCCAUCUGUCCAAGCCUUACUUCAGUGUGCAGUUCCACCCCGAGAGCACACCCGGUCCUCGCGAUACCGAGUACCUCUUUGAUGUCUUCAUUAGCACCAUUGAGGAGUGCGCCGCCGACCCCAAGGCGCUCAACGCCCCGGUCAAGUUUCCCGGUGGCACCAUCGAGGAGAACGAGCGUCUUCACCCCCGCGUCCACCCUCGCAAGGUCCUCAUUCUGGGCAGUGGUGGUCUCAGCAUUGGACAGGCCGGAGAGUUCGACUACUCUGGCUCCCAGGCCAUCAAGGCUCUCAAGGAGGAGGGUAUCUACACCGUUCUCAUCAACCCCAACAUUGCGACGAUUCAGACCUCCAAGGGUCUUGCCGAUAAGGUGUACUUCCUUCCCGUCAACGCAGAGUUCGUCCGCAAGGUCAUCCAGUACGAGAGACCCGAUGCCAUUUACGUUACCUUUGGUGGACAGACUGCUCUGUCAGUCGGUAUCCAGUUGAAGGACGAGUUCGAGGAGCUCGGUGUCCAGGUCCUUGGUACCCCCAUUGAUACCAUCAUCACCACCGAGGAUCGUGAGCUCUUUGCUCGCAGCAUGGACUCCAUUGGCGAGAAGUGCGCCAAGUCUGCUUCUGCAAGCAACAUUGACGAGGCCAUGUCUUGUGUCAAGGACAUUGGCUUCCCCGUCAUUGUCAGAGCCGCCUACGCUCUUGGAGGUCUCGGCAGUGGUUUCGCCAACAAUGAGGCCGAGCUCAUGGAUCUCUGCAACAAGGCCUUCGCCGCCAGUCCCCAAGUGCUUAUCGAGCGCAGUAUGAAGGGCUGGAAGGAGAUCGAGUACGAGGUCGUUCGUGAUGCUCAGGAUAACUGUAUCACUGUGUGCAACAUGGAGAACUUCGAUCCCCUUGGUAUUCACACCGGUGAUUCCAUUGUUGUCGCUCCCUCCCAGACCUUGUCUGAUGAGGACUACAACAUGCUCCGCACUACCGCUGUCAACGUCAUUCGCCACUUGGGCGUCGUCGGAGAGUGCAACAUUCAGUAUGCCCUGAACCCCUUCUCUAGGGAGUACUGCAUUAUCGAAGUCAACGCCAGAUUGUCGAGAUCCUCUGCCCUUGCUUCUAAGGCUACCGGAUACCCCUUGGCUUUCAUCGCCGCCAAGCUUGGUCUUGGUAUUCCCCUGAAGGACAUUGCCAACAGCGUCACCAAGUCCACCUGCGCCUGCUUCGAGCCUUCCCUGGAUUACGUUGUUGUCAAGAUGCCCCGCUGGGACUUGAAGAAGUUCACCCGCGUCUCCACUCAGCUUGGUUCCUCCAUGAAGAGUGUUGGUGAAGUCAUGAGCAUCGGCAGGAGCUUUGAGGAAGCCAUCCAGAAGGCAAUUCGUGCCAUCGAUUUCCACAACCUGGGCUUUAACGAGACCGAGGCUUUGAUGUCUAUCGAUGACGAGCUACAGACUCCUUCCGACCAGCGUCUGUUCGCCAUUGCCAACGCUAUGCACUCUGGCUAUACCGUCGACAAGAUCUGGGAGCUUACCAAGAUCGACAAGUGGUUCCUGAACAAGCUCAAGGGCUUGAGCGACUUCGCCAAGAACAUGACCAACUACACCACCAGCGACAUCUCCAAGUCCCCUGCAAUUCUCCUUCAGGCCAAGAGACUCGGUUUCUCUGAUCGUCAGCUCGCCAAGUUCUGGAGCUCCAACGAGAUCGCCGUGCGGUCUCUGAGACAGGAGGCCAGCAUCAUGCCGUUUGUCAAGCAAAUCGAUACCGUUGCUGCUGAGUUCCCUGCUCACACCAACUACCUCUACCUGACCUACAAUGCGACCGAGAGUGAUGUGUCCUUUGAUGACCACGGCAUCAUGGUCUUGGGAUCUGGUGUCUACCGCAUUGGCUCUUCCGUCGAGUUCGAUUGGUGCUCUGUUCGCGCUAUCCGCACCUUGCGCCAGGAUGGCUUCAAGACUAUUAUGGUCAACUACAACCCGGAGACUGUCAGUACCGACUACGACGAGGCCGACAAGCUCUACUUCGAGAACAUCAGCUUGGAGUCCAUCCUUGAUAUCUACCAGCUGGAAGGCGCUGGUGGUGUCCUCGGUGCUAUGGGUGGACAGACCCCCAACAACAUUGCUCUGCCGCUCCACCGCGCUGGCAUCAAAAUUCUUGGUACCUCUCCUGAGAUGAUUGAUAACGCCGAGAACCGCUACAAGUUCUCUCGUAUGCUGGACACCAUUGGUGUUGAUCAGCCCACCUGGAAGGAGUUGACCAGCUUCGACGAGGCCAAGAAGUUCUGCAACGCCGUCUCCUACCCCGUGUUGGUGCGACCUUCUUACGUCCUCUCGGGUGCUGCGAUGAACACUGUCUACUCCGAGCAGGAUCUCGAGAACUACUUGGCCCAGGCUGCUGAGGUUUCCCGCGAGCACCCUGUCGUUAUUACCAAGUACAUUGAGAACGCCAAGGAAAUCGAGAUGGAUGCUGUUGCCAAGGACGGUGUUGUCAUUGGCCACUUCAUCUCUGAGCACGUCGAGAAUGCCGGUGUUCACUCUGGUGACGCCACUCUCAUCCUGCCCCCUCAGGACUUGGAGCCCGAGACCAUUGCCAGAAUCGAGGAGGCAACUCGCAAGAUUGGUGCUGCUCUGAACGUCACUGGCCCUUUCAACAUUCAGUUCAUCGCCAAGGACAACGACAUCAAGGUCAUCGAGUGCAACGUCCGUGCUUCUCGAUCGUUCCCCUUCGUUUCCAAGGUCAUGGGUGUCGACAUGAUUGAGAUGGCCACCAAGGCCAUCACUGGCAAGCCAUUCGAGGCCUACCCUGCUACCGAUAUCGCCCCCAACUGCGUCGGUGUCAAGGUUCCCCAGUUCAGUUUCUCCCGUCUUUCCGGCGCAGACCCCGUCUUGGGUGUCGAGAUGGCUUCCACCGGUGAAGUUGCUUGCUUCGGUGUCGACAAGUACGAAGCCUACCUCAAGGCUUUGAUGUCCACCGGAUUCAAGAUCCCCAAGGCCAACAUCCUUCUGUCCAUCGGUUCUUACAAGGACAAGAAGGAGAUGCUGCCCGCCAUCGACAAGCUUGCCCGCCUCGGCUACAAGCUGUUCGCUACCGCCGGUACUGCCGACUUCCUCCAGGAGCACAACAUUCCCGUUCAGUACCUGGAAGUCCUUGCCAACGAGCAGGAGGACCAGCGUUCCGAGUUCUCCCUUACGCAGCACUUGGCCAAGAAUAUGAUUGAUCUCUACAUCAACUUGCCUUCCAACAACAAGUACCGCCGUCCCGCCAACUACAUGAGUAAGGGUUACCAGACCAGACGUAUGGCCGUCGACUACCAGGUUCCUCUGGUCACCAACGUCAAGAACGCCAAGAUUCUCGUUGAGGCCAUUGCCCGCCACUUCGGACUCGAGGUCGGCAGCCGCGACUUCCAGACCAGCCACCGCACCAUCUCUCUGCCUGGCUUGAUCAACGUCGCUGCCUUUGUACCUGGUAUUGCUACUGCCGGAAGCAAGGAUCUCAAGGCUGUUACCAAGGCCUCGCUCUCCGCCGGUUUCAGCAUGGUCCGCAUCAUGCCUGUCGGCGUCGAUGGCUCAAUCACCGAUGCUGUCAGCCUGAAGGUCGCCCAGCAGAGCAGCAAGCAGGGUGGAUUCUGCGACUUCAACUUCUCCGUCACUGCCACCUCUGACAACUCUGACCGUAUCAGCCACGUGACCGGUGAGGUCGGAUCUCUCUUCAUCCCCUUCAACCACCUGUCUGGAAACAUCAGCAAGGUCGCUGCCGUGACUGCCCACUUUGACAAGUGGCCUGCGCACAAGCCCAUUGUCACUGAUGCCAAGCUCACCGACCUGGCUUCCAUCCUGCUCCUGGCCAGCCUGCACAACCGGAGAAUUCACGUCACCUCGGUCUCCACCAAGGACGAUAUCAAGCUCAUUGCCCUUAGCAAGGCCAAGGGCUUGAAGGUCACCUGCGACGUGUCCAUCUUCUCCCUGUACCUCUCGCAGGAUGACUUCCCCGACUGUGCCCUGCUCCCCACCAAGGCCGACCAGAACGCUCUCUGGGCUCACCUAAGCACCAUCGACGUCUUCUCCAUUGGCAGCUUGCCUUACCAGCUUGCCAGCUCUCUGGGCAAGACCGCCGAUCCUUCCGUUGGCAUCGCCGACGCUCUGCCCCUGCUCCUCACUUCCGUUACUGAGGGCAAGCUGACCGUCGACGACAUCAAGGCUCGUCUCUACGACAACCCCAAGGAGAUCUUUGAGCUCCAUGAACAGGUUGGAACCAGCGUCGAGGUUGAGAUUGACCGUCCCUACGCUGUCCACAACACCAACGGCUGGUCUCCCUUCGCUGGCCGCACCAUGCGCGGUUCGGUCCAGCGUGUGACCUUCCAGGACCAGACCGUCUGCCUGGAUGGCGAGCUGCUGGCUCUGCCUGCUCUUGGCAAGGACAUGUCCACUCACGGUGCUCUGCCCAUGUCCCCUGCGAUCAAGCCUCAGCUGCAGUCUUUGACCAACCCUGACAGCCCUCGUGACCGUCGCCCGUCGCUGUUCAACACCUCCAGGCCCACCAAGCUUCGUCCCACCGACGGCUACCUGCCCAACAAGAGCAACAGCGGCUUCGAGGACCUCGGUCUUCCCGCCCCUCUCCAUCCCGCCGUUGGCUCCAAGCUUCAGGACCUCCUGUCGCAGCCCUCGUCGUGGAAGAGCCACAGCUGCCUGUCUGUUAGCCAGUACACCCGUGCUGACCUUCACCACCUCUUCACUGUGGCUCAGCAGAUGCGCCUGGGCGUCCAGCGCGAGGGUGUCUUGAACGUUCUGCGGGGCCGGGUCCUGUGCACCUUGUUCUACGAGCCUUCGACCCGCACUUCUGCCUCCUUCGAUGCCGCGAUGCAGAGACUUGGCGGCCGCACCGUCGCCAUUGCCACCUCUCAAUCCUCGGUGCAGAAGGGCGAGUCUCUCCAGGACACUCUGCGCACCCUCGGUUGCUACGGUGACGCCGUUGUGCUCCGCCACCCUGACGAGCACAGCGUGGAGAUUGCUAAGAGAUACUCUCCCGUUCCCGUCAUCAACGGAGGCAACGGCAGCAAGGAGCACCCUACUCAGGCCUUCCUUGAUCUCUUCACCAUUCGUGAGGAGCUCGGUACCGUCCAGGGUCUUACCAUCACCUUCGUUGGUGACCUGCUCUACGGCCGCCCUGUCCACUCCCUGAUCUACCUUCUCCGCGACUACGGUGUCCAGGUUCAGCUUGUCUCUCCCAAGGGACUUGCCCUGCCUACCGACGUGCGCAACUUCUUGGUCGAGUCUGGCCAGCUCCUUUGCGAGUCUGAGGAGCUUACUCCCGAGAUCCUGGCCAAGAGCGACGUGCUCUACUGCACUCGCGUCCAGAAGGAGAGAUUCCCGACGGUGGAGGACUACGAGAAGGUCAAGAACUCGUACCGCAUUGACAACCGCACCCUCAAGUCGGCCAAGAGAGACAUGUGCAUCCUGCACCCUCUCCCGAGAAACGAGGAGAUUGCGCCCGAGGUUGACACUGACCAGCGUGCGGCUUACUUCAGACAGAUGAGAUAUGGUCUGUACUGCCGCAUGGCUUUGCUUGCGUUGGUUAUGGCACCAUAG